GCCCUCGCCUGGCUGUUUGCACUGUUGUCGUCUGCAACACCAUCCGUAUGCAAACAGGCUAACAUGACCGGGGCAGGGAAGCGGUGAAUAAACAGCAACGACCUUAUCGCAUACCGGCUUAUAUGCGCCGAAAGGGGAUUUCAGAGGGGAAGGAUAUUGGGUUCAUACGGGUGAUCAGAGUCGAGCCAGCAGACUUUUCAUAAGCUCCUUAGGCUAAACAGUACUGCCUUGCCCCUCCAUCAUACUGCAGCCACUGAAGAAGGCAAGGUCGGUUUCAGUGUGAAGAGCUUUGUUUACAGCUGUGGAGGUGGGGGUGGGAGGGGCUCGGGAAGAUGGCAUCACCCUUUGUUCCUGUCCCCAUGCCCUUGGACAGGGCCAUGUCUGGAGGCAGCAGCAAGCUUCGACGGCCCCAGCGAGCUUCAUCACUUGGUAGCGUCUCCAGCAGCUCUGAGUUCCUGUCCCCCACUGCCAGGGGGGACAGGGAGGGCCGUGAAAGAGGAGGUAGUGGCUCCCAAUCCGAGCACCAUUCCCGAUGCCUGGAGAGAGGCGGCCGAAGCCGGACACCGCCGCCCCUCCAUAGCCCCGUUACUCGGGCGAGGGUGAAUGGGGCUCUUGAGCCGUCAGUUACUUAUUCCAGCUGUCCUCGUUCCAUGUCGGACCCUGCAGCGAGCCAGCAGGGUGAAGAUAGGCCCAUCACCCCCACCUUGUUGGGCUACGAGGUCAUGGAGGAGAGAGCAAAAUUCACGGUAUAUAAGAUCCUGGUCAGGAAGACUCAAGACGAGAGCUGGGUUGUAUUCAGAAGAUACACGGAUUUCUCCAGACUCAAUGACAAGCUAAAGGAAAUGUUCCCGGGUUUCCGCCUCUCGCUACCUCCUAAGCGAUGGUUCAAAGACAACUAUGACAGCGACUUCCUGGAGGAGCGACAGCUGGGACUGCAGGCCUUUCUACAGAACCUGGUUGCACACAAGGAUAUUGCCAACUGCCUGGCAGUGAGAGAGUUCCUGUGUUUGGACGACCCACCAGGACCUUUUGACAGUCUGGAGGAGAGCCGGGCAUUUUGUGAGACCCUGGAGGAGAGUAAUUAUCGUCUUCAGAAGGAGCUGCUGGAGAAGCAGAAGGAGAUUGCCACCUUGAGGAGGAGGCUGGAGGAGAGGGAGCAGGCCAUCUUGCUGCUGGAGAAGCACAUCAAUGGACAGUUUGUGAGCCCGGAGUCUCCAUGUGGUCUGUCAGCUCAGGGCAGUGAGAGCAGUGCAGAAGCAGAUGUGGAGUCAUCUGCCGCCGAGGCUGACCAGGACUUGCCUGAGGAAAAUGGUGGUAGGUGCAAGAUUGAGCCGGUGCGAUCAUCUGCCUGUUGGUGUGGGCCAUCGCUAAGCGCCUCUCCUCCAGUCAUCCAGGUCACCCAGCUAUACCACCGACAGCCAGAGCACUAACAACCAAGAGCUGGUCCUCCUCCUCUCUUCUCCCUUCCCUCUUACCUCUCUUCCUCCCCUCCUACAAAACAUUUUUUACUGUUCCAUCUGCCACCACUUUCCCCACGCUUGAAUUUUAUGCCCCUCAUACUUGCCCUUUCUUUGACUUCGUCCCUCCCUCUUUCACUCCCAUAUCCUCCCUUGCCCUGUGGACUAACCGCUGUUUCACCUGGCAAUCUCAGAGUGGGAUCUAAAGAGGCAAGGCAGCAGGGGGGCACUUGACUCUUAAACCGUCCUCCCAGCAUUCCCUCAGCCUUGGAUCUAAAGAGAGAGUUUCAAAGGAGAUGGUUUUACACUGCAACAGCCCCUUCCACUUCAUGUUUUCUGCUCUGUGGAUUUCAUUAUAGAGGGACUUUUGGGCUGAGGGACGUUUUAUCUGGCAACAUUACAUUUGGAACACUGGGUGCAAGUUGCUAUAGGAGCUAAUUGACCUUUUAAGACCUAGAUAUUGGUUGGUCUUCCUCAAACUGUGUUGGGACUCCUCAGUACUUGGUCACUUCAGGAGAAACGGGUCGCCUGAUUGGGUCACAGCUUGAUCCAGCGGUCACAAAGCCAAAGAGUGGCCUCUUGACCAAAAACUCUUGGAAGGUGACUUGAAGACGCGCACCGUCGGGCGCGUGGUCGACUGACACUCCCUGAUGCAUCACGACAAUCCACCAAGAACUCAAACCAUCACAUCACUUUCUGUGUGCAUCCGUUAUCUUUUCAGCUACUUAUUGCUGAGAAGAGAGGCCCUCUUUUGUUAUUGGUGAAAGACCUCAUGUGACUACAGAUGAUAAAGAUCUAGAUGAUCUUGGUGCAAUCACACGAUUGGCUGAUAACAAAUCUCAGUUGUAACAGUGCUUUGACUUCUUGUUUUUCUGUUCGCACUACUGUCUACUUGUACUUCCAUGUCAUUGCUCUGCACUGCCAUCAACUGUGUCGUUGUGGGUAGAGGUAGACCUCCUUACUUGAGAAACUUGUUUGCAUUUAAUUUUUACAUGAUGAACUCUAUUCAAAUCUAAUCUCUUGCUCAGAUUCAAGUGUUGUGCAUUUUUUUCCAGCAAGCUUGAGCAAUUUUUUUGCAAGACACACGCAGCAUAGAGUUGCGUACUGUUGGUUUUUGAGGAGGGAUUUGAUUUAAGUGUCUUUACUAAUCAUUUCAUUGCCCUUGCACAUUCCAGUGUCCCCCUUUUACACAUGCAUAUAUUUCUUGAGUUGCUUUUUUAGUGUUUGAUUAAGUCAAUUUCAUGAGUAUAGAUACAUUAUAUAUAGAUAUAUAUAACACUGGACCUCUUUUGGUAUUAAGGCUGCUGGUUUCUGUUCAGUUUCUGCUGCGAUGGUGUGAGAUGGUCAUUAUUAAGUUGUUACACAUUUCUUUUAGAUUACAGGCAAGUGUCAGUGGUUUCUAUUUAAUAAAUUUAAGCUAAAGAUGUCAAACACAGCAUUAAGUCAAUAAAAAUGAAUUAUUAGUUUUGAAUUGCCUAAAACAAAUCCAAAUAUAUUCCAGAUAUAGCCUUUGUCCACAAUUCCAUCUGCAGAUCCAAAUGAGAAUUGCUAGACCAGGGACUGACUCGACUUGUGACAGCUUUCAAAUCUCAGAACUUGAAUGGAGCACAACGGUCUUUCCCAUUGCUAUUGGGUGGAGUGACGACCGAUUUAAUGUGUAUCUAUGUCACAGUACAUUAGCCUUUUAAAGUGAACACUUUUCUUUCCCCACAAAAAGUUGGGCUAAACUACAGUUUGUAGCAUGUUAGAGGUCGUAUUAAGUAAAAGGUGUGUUUGAUAAUGCUGCCCAGCUAGGUUUGCUGGUCUGCAGAUGCUUACUGGAGGAGCUGAAGUCUUGAAGCAGCAGGACACAGUUUCAAAUGUUCUCAAUAAUUUUGCUCUCUGGUUAUGGUUAGAGCAGUUUUACAACAUAACUCCACAGUUUUCAAACAGAUGCAACACUGACUUGUUACCGCAGCAAACAAGUAUAAUCACAAGAAAAAUCACAACAGAUACCUCCAACUGAUCCAGUCUAGCACCAACCUCUAUUCUGUACCAGCCAAAUAACCACAGCAAACAGAACAAUGUCUAUUCAGGUUCUGGGUUUCAAAUAUACUGUUGGUUUAAUAAAUAAUCCUCAUUGUAAAUAAACUGAGAAACAAAAUAAUAGGUGUUUUAUCAGGAGGAAAUGACUGGCAUGUAAACCCCAGCUAAUCUUGUUUGGCCAUGUAGCAGCAAGAAGGGCCACGUGCCAUCCCCAGAAGCCAUAUUUUAUUCCCAAAUGGGCUCACUUUCAUUUUCAUUUCAUUUUAGGUGGUCUGUUGGUGUGGCAUUCAGCUGUGAAAGUGUUCACAGUUAAAGCUUAUAGCUGUAUAGGGUCAUGUGGUGCACUUUAUGGAUGAAUGGGAAUUAAUAUUAUAUGUUUGGAUCGGGUUUUACUACUUCACGUGUUUGAAUCAGAGUGCCUUUUCUGUCAUCCAGUAUGUCUUGCUUCCUUUGCUGGAUCCCAUGUGUUCGUUUUGUUUUGUUUUGUUUGUUGCUUCUGUAAAGUCCUCAAGCAUGAUUCUAAGUGCCUUGAAUUGAUUUCCCUUUUCAUUUUGAUAGGUUUAAACCGCUUUUAGCUCUGUAAAAUUUGUAUAGGACAUUAAAUGGUUUCACUAUGUUACACAGAUGGAGAGAAUGUUUUCAAUGACACUUGUAUGUAUAUGUAGUUACUUGAAAUCAACUGAAACCACUUUUUUUGUAAUAGCAAAUGAUGGCAUAUUAAUGAGUCUUAGUUGACAUGUACACCUACAGUUGCACUAUAAAAGAUUUAUACAAUUAACAUUUGCUGUCACUGUUGUUGUUUUGGGUUUAAAGGGAUAACUCACCUAAAAAUAUGAUCUGAAAUUAGUAGAUAGGAAAAUUGUAUUCCCUAGAUGUUUAUUGGAAUGAAAUGUUACAAUCAUAUUCCCAGUGAUUUAUUAAAAACACAUUUAUUUUUCCCUAAUUCCAC